AUGGCACGGCUGUCUCGUAUUGUCGCUAAUCAGGUUAUGGCAAGCCCGGAGGGUCAAGCGCCAGGAUUUGAUUCAAAGAAGGGGGCUCGUGGAUGUAGGGUGCCCAAAUGUAACGAUCAGUUCGAGUUUGAUUUGCUGCAAAACGCUGCUAGUAAAAUCGAUAGUGACUGGGAAGGUCUCAGGCUUAAACAGCUAAUCCUAUACUUACAAGCACACAUUCGCACUGUUCCGAUGGAUGACUGGAGCAUCAUCAAAGCGGAGGCUCCGCAAAAGAACAGUGUGUCCUUUCUCAUCCAAAUCUCGGAGGAGAGUAUUGAGCCACUGGAAAAAGAGGACAGCAAACUUUGGUUUGGCGUGCAGAAAGCGCAUCUGAAGUUAUUCCGUUGUGCAAAUCCGAAGGAUGAGCAAGACGAGGUUGACGACGCUAAUGAGUUGCUGCAACUAAAAAAAACCGGAUAUGCACGUCAGAAGUUCGCUGGAGAGUUCUAG